CUCGUGGCUUCAGUUUGGGACCAGCCUUGGGUGGUGGGAGAAGCUGCUUUGGAUCCCUCGCCGACGAGGGUCCCAGGAUGAGGGGCCGCCGGGGGCCCUGAGGAGAAGGAGACGCCACCCAGGCUGCCGGGGUUUCUUCGGGCAAGGCUGGGGCUGGGGCUGGGGCUGGGGCUGGAGCGAUGCAGCUGGAACCUUGUCUGUCGCCUCCGUCGAUGAUCCUCUCCAAGAAAUUUCUCCAUGUGAGCGGCGGCGGCGGCGGCGGCAGUGGCGGCAGCUGCGGCGGCGCUUACCCGCCCGCCUCGGGCGGAUCCGAGCUUGCCUUGCACGAGCAUCAUCAUCACCAUCAUCAUCAUCAUCAUCCCGCCGCCGCCAUCCUCUCGGCGAGCUCUGACAACCUGGAGAGGAGUUCACCUCUGAAAAAACUCGCCAGGGGGGGGAUGACGAAUCAGGCCGAGGCAGACAAUUUCCCUGACUCCAAAGACCCGCCAGGGGACGCCCAGCAGCAGCAGCAGCCACAGCAGCAGCCACAGCAGCAGCGCGCCAAACUCUCGCCCGUCGUCUUGGACGGCGGCGGCGGCCAGGAGCAGCUCCGUCCCGCCGCCAGCAUGUUCCCCUACCCGGGCCAGCACAACCACGCCGCCGCCUUCUCGCUGGCCAGCCCCAGCCGCUACAUGGCGCACCACCCGGUCAUCGCCAACGGAGCCUACAACAGCCUGCUCUCCAACUCGGCGGCCGCGGCGGCGCCCCAGGGCUACCCGGCGGCCAGCUACCCGUACCCGCAGCAGUACGGCCACUCCUACCAGGGCUCGCCCUUCUACCAGUUCCCGUCCGCCCAAGCUGGGCUGGUCCCGGGCAAGGCGCAGGUCUACCUAUGCAACCGGCCGCUCUGGCUGAAGUUCCACCGGCACCAGACCGAGAUGAUCAUAACCAAGCAAGGCAGGCGAAUGUUCCCUUUCUUGAGUUUUAAUAUUUCGGGUCUGGAUCCCACGGCUCAUUAUAAUAUUUUUGUGGAUGUCAUCCUCGCCGAUCCCAACCACUGGAGAUUUCAAGGCGGCAAAUGGGUUCCUUGCGGCAAAGCGGACACCAAUGUACAAGGGAACCGCGUCUACAUGCACCCCGACUCGCCCAACACAGGAGCCCACUGGAUGCGCCAGGAGAUCUCCUUUGGGAAGCUCAAGCUGACCAACAAUAAGGGCGCCUCCAACAACAACGGGCAGAUGGUGGUCCUGCAGUCCCUUCACAAAUACCAGCCCCGCUUGCACGUGGUGGAGGUGAACGAGGACGGCACCGAGGACACCAGCCAGCCCGGCCGCGUGCAGACCUUCACCUUCCCGGAGACGCAGUUCAUCGCCGUCACCGCCUACCAGAACACCGAUAUCACACAGCUGAAGAUAGAUCACAAUCCCUUUGCGAAAGGCUUUCGAGACAACUAUGACACUUACCAAGCAGAUGAGGACUCAAUGGAUUGGAUUCUGGGCUCCAAGCCAGGCAGCGACCCUCUUCCUCUCUGGAUCUCCAGGAUCUACACCGGCUGCGACAUGGACCGCCUGACCCCGUCGCCCAACGACUCGCCGCGCUCGCAGAUCGUGCCAGGCGCCCGCUACGCCAUGGCGGCGGCGGCGGGCUCCUUCUUGCAGGACCAGUUCGUCAGCAACUACGCCAAGUCGCGCGGCUUCCACCACCACCACCACCCGGGGGCCGGCGCCGGGGCCGGCGUGGGGCCGGGCGGGCCGGUGCCGGAGCGAGGCGUCCCCCACCCCAACGGGCUCCUGUCGCCGCAGCAAGCCGAGGAGCCCGGGGCGCCUUCGCCCCAGCGCUGGUUCGUCACGCCCGCCAACAACAGGCUGGACUUCGCCGCAGCCGCGGCCGCCUCAGCCUACGACCCGGCGGGCGACUUGGCGGGGAACGCGGCCACCCUCUUGUCUUACGCCGCCGCCGGCGUCAAAGCGCUCCCCCUGCAGGCGGCCGGCUGCACUGCGCGCCCGCUCGGCUACUACCCGGACCCGUCGGGCUGGGGCGCGCGCAGCCCGCCUCAGUAUUGCGCCAAGUCCUUGUCGUGCUGGCCCAACAGCGGCAGCGGCCGCGCCGGGGGAGGCCACCCCUAUUUGCCCGGCGGGGCCGGCGGCGGCGGCGGCGGCGAGGAGCCCGACAGCCUGGCGCCUCCCGAGCGCUCCCCUCUGGUGGCGCCGCCGCCGCCCCCCGCCGCCGGGCAGCCGCCCGAGGACUCCAAGCCCCCCAAGGACUUGUCCGACUCGAGCUGGAUCGAGACGCCCUCCUCCAUCAAGUCCAUCGACUCCACCGACUCUGGGAUUUACGAGCAGGCCAAGCGCAGGCGGCUCUCCCCAGCGGGCACCCCGGCGUCCGAGAGCUCGUCGCCGCUCAAGAGCGAGCCCGCCUUGGCCCCCAGGGACUGCGACAAGACCUGCGCCAAGGACAUCGGCUACUACGGCUUCUACUCGCACAGCUAGAGAGGGCGGCCCGCGGGGCCUUGGCCACACCCGCUCUGCUCCCUUCCCGCCAAUCCCGGCCAAGCCCUUUCCUUCUCUCUCUCUCUCUCCAUCUCUCCCUCCCUCCCGCUGCCAUCGGCGGCCCAAAGAGCCCUUGCUUUGCCUUGCGCAGGCGGUGGAGCAGUGCGAAUCUGCCGCUUCACACGUGCGCUCCUUUCCCUCCCAGCCAUUGGACGUGCGCACGCGCAGUCUUCUCUCCCUCUCCCCUUUCCUCUCCUUCUCACACGCGCACACGCUCGAGCGCUCCAAAACCGCAUAUCGCUUCUCAACCCACUUGGGCUCCAAUGGCAGGUCAGGUGGAUGGAUCUGCACCCGCAGUGAAUGGCGAAAGUCGUGCCACGUCUCUCUCCUUCCCUCCCUCCCCCGCCCCUGUAAAAUUGUAACCAAAUCCAGUUUAAUUGCUUCGCCUGACAAAAGCAGCCGGACGCCUUGUUGACACCUAAAAGAGACGUCUGUUGGCAGAAGUAAGACGUGCGUGGGUCAUUUGAACUUGCUUAAUGCAGAUUAAUUUGUUCUUAACCCGCUUUCGCCAUCCUAUUUGAAUUAGUAUUCAUGAUGAUCCCCACGGAUCGCCCCACACCUUCAGUGCAUUCCUGCGGGCCAGGGGCGGAUUCUAAUGUGUUUGAAAGCAAUCCUAAACCUCAGAGCUUCUACACACGCGGAUUUGGGAGUAAAUCCCAGUGAACCCAGUCGGAUUUACUUCUGAGUUAACAUCCGCACAGCGCAAUCCUUUGCUGUUUUUUGGGGAAGGAAAUUCCACCGUGUUCAAUGGGGUUUGCUUCCAGGUAAAUGUAGAUUAGACUACAGUUAUUCUGUGAUUUGAGAAUGGAACUAAAAAAUUGUAAUGUAGUUAUUCUACAUUGAUGAAUGAGAAACAGAAGACUGCGAGUCUUCUAUGUGCUCUUAAUCCAGGGCUGCUCAACUUCGGCCUUCCUGCAGAUGUUGGAUCCCUGAUCCCAUUAUCCCUGACUACUGGCACUGUGGCUGGGGAUUAUGGGAGUUGUAGUCCAAAAAGAGCUGGGAGGCCAAAGUUGAGCAGGCCUGCCUUAAUCUUACUGAUUUCUGUUUGGGAUUCUCAGAGUACCCGCCCCGCCCCCAUGAAACGCCUUUCCCUAGUGUUGAAGGCUUUCAUCUUAAACAAUUUACUAACUACCACUGAACUCCAUAGAUCUUGCCUCCAAAGAGGUAUGUUUAGGAUCAGAUUGCUAAUGAUCGGUCAGCCUGCUUGUCUCUGCUUCAUUAACUCGCAAACUAAGACUGCGAUCCUCCUAUGCCCACCUCCUUGGGAGUAAGCCCUACUGAACGUAGAGCGAUUUACUUCCGACUAAACCUGCGUGGAAGGUCGCUGCACCUUCGUCUUCUCUCCCUUCCUCCUUGACUCAAGCAGAAAACUACCUUAGAGGGGGAAAUAGUCCGUUUUCUCAGGGGAUUCCACCCUUUCUUUGCCUUUUGGGCUAACAUCCACUACCUAAGAGGAAUUUGUCAGUUUAAAAAGCAAACAUAGAAAAAGGGGACUAACAUACUGAUGACAAUUACUCAAAGUAUUCCCACUGACAUUAAACGGGCGAGUUGAAAUUUUCAGUGAGACGACUUUGAAUAAUUUACUCUGUCAGCCGCUAUCCGGUGUCAAUGAAUUGACAGAAUGUUUUCUGAAGCAAAAUUAAGAAUAUGUGAAACUUCCUCCCCUUUUCAGACGUACUAAAACAUACACAUGCGCGCCUAUUUCUAUUCAGACAAAGCUUGCUUGCUUAUUUUAUUAUUAUUUAUCUAAAGUUAUUUUUCCAACAUAUGCUCAAAGCCGCUGACUUUUAACAGUGAAGACAAAAAUUUAAAACUACACUAAUUAAGGCUACCUUGACAGCAGAAUCAAGUUUCUACAAAAGUAUCCAAAAAUCAGUUAACCUCCGACUUUGGAACUUUCCCCGAAAACAAAAAGGCUUAAUUUGUUAAGGACAGGGCGGCGAGUCUUGCCCAGCGCAGCUCUAGUGGGUUGUGGAUUCAUGUUUUAAUUGGCACUACAGUCCCUAACAUAUUUGGACAUUUUCCUUUGGCCUCGAUCCAGACAAAGUUUGACGUUUUCUGCGUCCCAUCGAUUUCAAUAUGAGAAAAUGAAGCACGCGCUUUGCGCGCGCUCUCUCUCACUCUCUUGAAUGGGAAGAGUUUUGCUUAUCUCACAAUUUGCGUUCCGGUCAAUGUGUCUAAUUACUGCAGUUUCUCAACUGGAGAGAGAGAUCUGCAACUCUGUCCUAUGCAUGCAUUUUGGAAAGCGGUUCCCACAAAAUUCAGUAGGAUACCAAAUAAAUAUAACGAGGAUCACAGUCUUAGUGGCGUAUCGAGAAUAACUUUGGAUACGAUCAAUCCAGUCAAAGUUAGUAUUAUUUAUUUCCCAGCAAGUUAAAUAUGUGUGUAUUUCUGUUGAAAUCAAUUGGACUGUAAAAUUCUUAACUUUGGUAGAUCGAGUCUAUACUAGAAUGCUGGUGGAAUUGCAUCCGGAUCUUGCAUACAUUUGAAAGUAAGCCCCACUAAUCUCAAAAAGAAGUUAUUUCCGAGUAAAUGUGUUUAGGAUCUGCGUUUAACACUCCAAGGAAUGAAAAUGGGGAGGUGGGGAGGAUUAUGAUUAUUUCUUCCACCUGUCUCGUUGGGGCUUCCUUUCACGUACUUAACUGCAACAAACCUAGGGGUGGGGGAACGAGGUCCCUCCACAUCUCCUGCAAGAAGCCAAUAGGAACGACAGCCCUAUUUUUCGGCUUGCUCGCUGGAAAGUAGGCUCCUUCUGAAUUCAGUGCAAUUUAAACUUGCUAGUUUAAUGGAUUUCAGCCAUUAAGCACGCCGCUCCCUACACUUUGCAAUGAGAGCAAGUGCCCCUCUGUCCUAAUUUUCGCCCUUUGGGGAUGCUUAGGACCAGAGUGCUGCGCAAAAAAAGUCUAGGAGCACGAUUUAGCCAAUGGCUGCAAUCUUAUGCACGCUUAGGGGGAGCAAGUUCCAUUGAAACUAGGACUUUCUUCUGAGUAUAGCUAAAGCCGGGAUGUGUAAGCGAAGCAUUUUCAAGUCCCAUGGAUUUCACUGGGAAAGUUUAAGCAUGGGCUCAGCCUUCUCAGUUCAGUCAAUGCAACACAAAAGUGUUUAUUACCAUUUGGCUGGAUCAGGCCCUAAUCAUGCAGGCGAUGCGCUGUCUUAAGAUCUUAGGCGGAUUUAUGCAACGCGUUAAGGGUGAAAUUGACCGGGACAGUGACAGCGCAGAAUACUCUUGAAAGAAAACAAAAGUCGGUUCACCUUAAAGCCGGACUAAGCAGCCGUCUCUAUACAGAGACGUGCCCCCUAAUAGGCUUCUCUCCCUCUGCCCUUACCUCCUUCCUUCUCUGCCAAGUCCAUCACUGACGCGUGUGCAGGGGCCCUUCGAUUUCUUCGCCAUUUCUCUCUCCCCCCUCACUCCUCCCCACUCCAAGUUGAUUUCUAUUGCUGUAAAUCUUUGUAAUGAACAAGCUACAACCGAUAAUAGGUGACUGAACUUGUACCCAUAGUGUAGUCCAGUGAAGAUGAUUUCGUGAGAUGUUCAUUUUUUUAAUAUUGCGUUUAGUUUUGGGAAAGUUUUGUUUUAAUUUAUAAUUUCAAUGCAUAAGUAAGUACCCGUAAAGAGCCUUCCUGGGGAAUACACUAGGCGGUGCGAGUUAAGUGAUUUUAUUUUUAUUUUUUCCUGUUAAAUCGAGCAUUUAAUACUCGAUCGAGUCCUCCCCCCCCACCCCCCUCGUUGAUGUAGAGUAGCGCGUCUUCGAUUUUUGUGUAGGAAACCUAUAUGAUCAACCCAUUUUUGAUAUUUUUUAAAAAAACAACAACCGUGAAAUAUGCAUCAGGCAAAGUUUAUUCUCUAGAUUCCAGCCGACGGGGAAAGAGGUUCUCAAAUAGAAAUUCAAGGUUUUCACCGUGUGUAUAUUUUGUUUUGGGUUUUGUUUUGGGCUCCUUUGUAAAUCGAUUGUUGUGAUUUCCCCCCCUUGAAAAACACAAAUCAAAAAUAUUUGCUCCUGUUUCGUCUGUGCACCUGAAUAAUUAUUUCUACAAGUUGCAAACUCCACCAGAAAACAAACGUUUUGUUUUUUCGCCCGUUUGUAUCGUCUGUGUACAAGUAAAAUAAAACCCGGCAAAACUUAAGCCGAUCUUGGAACGCAACACUUUGCCCUUUUAGAGGAUUUUAGCAAGCUAAGAGAUUGAGGAAGGAACGGGAAAUUUCCUAGCAAAUGGAGUGGAGGCGUCUGAUCUUCCCACCUCACCCAGGAUAUUUCAUACCCCCUCCCCACUAUGAUUUAUUUUAGAAAUGAAAAUUGCUCUCUGAUGAGCUGCUGCUGCUUUUUCUCACCUGCACACUCGCCGUUUUGCAUUGGUACUCUGGUAAGAACGCUUGGUUCGUUGCCCUGCCCUGCGAGUAAUUUCUUCUGCACAAGGAAAAGGGUGAUAGGUUGCUAUACAUUCGGGUGCGAGUUGCUUUUAGGGGAAAUAAUGUUUCUGAUAUAAUAUCCGAGUAUUCGGGGGGGGGGGGCCGGGGGAGGGAAGAAUGUGGAUGCAACCCUGAGCCAUUGAACUCAGUUGUCAUGGGCUCCAGUGGGAUGCAGAUUGAACACCAGAAAGGUGUUCGUGAGAAAACAUGUCGCAGAGGUAGUGAAGGUAGCGAAUUGUCUGCCCUGAUUUCCCUUCCUAUUCCACUGGCUGGAAAGAACUUUCGUUCAUUUCCAGCUGUCUUGCGUUCUACCAUAUCAGAUGCAUGGCCCUCCGGCCCUUAUGGAAUAGAGGACUGGUCUCCUUUACCUUUAAGAAAUUGACAAAAGAGGGAAUUUCAUAAAGUGCCGCUUGUCACGCAGGGGUGAGAAGAAAAGCUGCAUCUGUUGAAAUUCCCUCUUCUGUGCAUCUUUUAAAGGUACGAGAGACCGGUCCUCUUUUCCAUAUGGUAACGCUUUCGCCGGAGCUUCUGAAAGAGAUGGCAGACGGGUGCCGAAGGAUUUUAAUGUAAAUGUUUGAGUUUUAUCCGGAAAGCAUCUGUAACGCCCCCCACCCCCGCCCUUCCCCCAUUACAGGCUGAAUAAGCUUUCCACCACUCUGCAGGUUGCCACACUCAACAUCUUCCCAGGUGGAUGGCCACUGAUUUUCCGUAAGGAAACUCUCCUGUUUACCAGGUUUGGAGCCACUUUAAACUCCCAGUGCCCAUUCCCAAGCAAGACACCAACGUUUGAAGAAGCAGAUAUGCUAUCAAAAAUGCAAAUAGAACACCGAGCGAGCGAGCGAGCCAGCCAGUAGUACUUUAUCUGCAGAGAAGUUUCGAGUGAUACCACAACGGUCCACUAGGCGGCUCUGCAUGGAGUCUUAAUUUGCUUGCCACGAAAUGCAGUUUUAUUCCUCCCCCUUUACUGUUUACACCUUUAAACAGUUCGAUAACUGAACUUUUAAAAAACGAGUUCUACUAUUUAGCCAAGCAUUCUAAACCGUUUAGGUUAUUUCAGGAAAACAUCUUCUGUUGUCCAGAAACCACAGCCCGUCAUAAAAUUGUGAACUAACUGGAAACACCCCAGCUGAUACAUUGCACCAUUAAAGCGAGUAUUACUCUUACUAUUAACAAUACACAUGUAAUCAUUAUUAAAUAUGGCCAUUAUCAUUAUUAAUAAAAUUUACAUAGUCAUAUAGAUACCUUGUCUGCUAUCUGUCACGAGCUAAGGAUGGUUUAUAAUAUAUCCUUCUGUAGCAUACUUAAGGCUGCAAUCUUGCGCACGUUGAGAGGAAAUCCCACAUAAUUUAAUGGGGAUUCACUUCCGAGCUUCACUUCACUGCUUAGAAUCCUUUUCUUAAUGUCUCAAACCAGGCUUUAUCCUUUACGCCUUGGCGGCCUUGUAUUGCUAUGGCUUUUAUACCGUUUUACAAAAGGGAAAAUGAACGUAAAGGAAACUACUUUUGAGGCACCCCUAAAAUGCUCCUAUCUGAGCAGAUGUUUGGGUCCAGGUUGAAGCAAAACACACUUGUUCUCCACAAACAGUUCACUCGCUGGAAGAGGCGAAGUUGGGAGUGUCUUUGUUUCUCUUUGCCGAAUAUCUUGUCCCAGACUGUGGAAAUCUUGAGAAGGAGAAAGAGGAGGAGGGGAUUAGGUCAUGACUUCCUUAAAAUUUUUUUUAAAAAUUGAAACAUUAUUCGAGCCACAGGUAUUAUUCUCACUUAAGUCAGGCGAGUUUGCGGGAAAAGGGGUCUUGCCUUCUUACUAGGUGGUGAUCUUACGGAUAUCUGUUGUAACUUAGGGAUGUGUCCCGGUGUCAUCAUGUGCUGUGCAGACGGUAUCAUUCCAGUUACAUAGACCGUAGCUAAAUGGAUGCUCACCCCCAAAUAAUAUAUGUUUCGGAUUCCCCUUUCCAUUCCCAGUGUCUAGCCUGAUUAUUUGUUCCUGGUGUAAGGUAAAUGUUCAUCUUUAUGAGUGAGUAAAUAAAAGGUUAUACAUUUUAUUUAAUGUAUAUUAAAUGUUAAAUACACAUCGCAUCCCCCCCCCCCGGUUUUGGUCAAUCUUUGGCCGAGUCCACCCCCGCCCAAGCACGUGUCAAUCUGAAGGCAGGCACAAGUGCUUCCUUCCACCCCUUUCCAGCUGUAGGCCUGAAUCUGCAACAAAUGUGGCAACUUGAUUCUCCCGGAAUAGGGUUUAGUGCUCUUGGCAGCGAGGAGAAAUGGCGAGAGUCUGCCUUCUCAGGGAGUUGGGAUUCAAAUCAGGAAUCAGCAACAGGAAAGAGGGAUCAAUGUCUCUUUUUCAGAUCUCCGAAAAGGGGGCUGGGGAUACUAUUAUGAGGCAAUGGAGACAGGUUAGAGCAGGGCUGCUCAACUUCAGCCCUCCUGCAGAUGUUGGCCAUACUCCCAUAACCCCUGGCUAUUGGCCACCGUAGCUGGAGAUUAUGGGAGCUGUAAUCGAAAAACCUCUGGGGCGGGGGGCAAAGCCUGGGGUCGAGGGAGGUGUCAUCGACUUCUGCAGUACCCGGGAAAAGCUGCUUCUCUUCGUUUCCCCAAACAUGUUAUUCUCCAAAUGGGUUAUCUUAUGAGGGGCCAUCUAUCGAUAGAAGGUUGCCUACCAACAUGGGAAAAGAGGGAAGGAUACUGGCGUUCCCUUUAUUGUUGUUGAUAGGCCUGGAUAGUGCGAUGUUGGUCCACUUCGCCUGCCCGUUUUCUAGGAAUGUGGUUUAGUUUUUUCCUAAUUCUCCGUGGGGUUGUCAUCCACAAAUCCCCUGUGCUAGAGGACCCCUCGUGUGCCACCUAGCCCCAACAACAGAGUUUAAAUCCAACUCGUGUUCGGAGAUAACGAACGGCCUUACACUACAGUUCACAGCACGGCCAUCGUCUCUAGGUAGCGUAGGAAACGCAGGGCUAGUACGUGCCUUCGGAAGAUCAGCACCUGGGACAGCGCACUGCGCAAAGCCAUGCGGAGGAGAGUUCGAGGCCAUUUCCCCCUUUUAUUUUGAAGCCAAGAGGGCAUUCUGUCACCCUCUGGCAGAUCCUCGUGGUAUGAUUUUAAUUUCCCUCUCGGAAAAGGUGGCCAUUAUCUUUUAACCUUUAUUAACAUAUAGAUAGAGCCAACGUGUUUGGCCAGGUGGCCAGAGUGUGGCCACUCAGCGGGAUCUUUCAUUGCACGUGGUCAGUAAAAUGCCUCCAGUGGCCCAGGUAUCUGCGCCCUCCCCUGAUUCCCAGUUUCCCCUGACCUUCCCCUGAAUUUGAGUCUGAAUUUUGCAGCUCUGCUCGCUCUUCCACUCUUCUGCCCUAGGACAAUACAGGGCACCUAUUUGCAUUUGAAGAACGGCGAUCAGUCCAUGCGGUCAUUAUAUUAACAGUUAAGUGUCCUCUCUAAAAGCAGGGUACGGGUAAGAAUUAAGCCAUACAAACGUAAGGUGGUGGCAAUCUUCCCAUUAAAAGAGGAAGAAAAAGAACUAGCAAUCUUGACUCUUUUACAAACACUGUGAAGUACCUGCGGAACAGAGAUGCGGGGAAAAAAAAAGCUUUAUUAUGUAAUGCAUUUGGCUAGAGAGAGCUCAGUAACAUCAAAGCUUUUAUUAAAUAGCAACCUAGAUCGGGUCUUGUGCCCCCAGACACAUAUCCCUCACCCCUCACUCAAGCAGUGUUUUCAUGUACAGCAAAAGAGCAAGACUGUCUGUUUAUGGAAGUGGCUGGAGAGACAUCAGUAUCCUCGGAAGCCUUGCUGGGUAAGUACACGGUGCCUAAUGAGUUAGCUACAGCUGCUCGGCUUGGAGGAUUUGCAGACUACCGUUUGCUUUGCCGGUUGUUGUAGUACCGGGUGAUUUAAAUUGGAUUUUGUAUCUACAAAACUGUAUAUUGGCAACAGCUAGGCACUGUUGGCUGAAUAUGUAGAGUAUUUUCUUUCCUGUUGACGGUGCAUUUAUAUUCUUCUCUGAGAACUGCCCCGUUGAGUUGAAACGGAGAGUCAAUGAGCCGAGCCGAUCACAUCACAAGUGACUCCCAUUGACUUUCCUAGAGCAAACUCCCAAGUAAGUUGUGCCCAGGAUUGAAGCCUUAUUAUCAGUAGCCUUUGAAAUGCUCUUACCUCCUACACUAGUUUUAAAGGGCACUUGGUUCUUCUUAAGCCGAGCUGUUUCGGAUCCGGCGCGUUCCGACCCAAUAAGCAUAAAAACGUGGACUUCAAAGUCAAGCAAAACCAGUGCCUGGAGACUAGAAAUAGAUUGCAUGGAUUUUGCUUGGAGUUUGAGUUGUACCUGCCUGGAGUCCACGCAUGGCGGGGGCGGGGCCCUUUCUGCUGAAAACAAUUCGCCCUCGGCUCCUUUUGAUGAUUAUUAAGCGGGCUUAUUAUUAAGCACCCCCGCCCCAAUACAAGCCAAGCUUCCUGAAAUGGACAAGGUCCCUGCGGGAAAGAGCCCGCCGGGUAGCCACAGGGGCCUGGCUCGCCUUGCACGUGUGAGGAAAGCUCUUGCACAUGGCGGCAGGCGCACACCUCGGCGCUGUGAGGCUUGGAGGAGGCCUCGCAUAUUUUGUUGGGUAGGCUUUUGAAUCACCGGCGGAAAGGUUUGCUGAGUCCUGCUCUGUAGCGUUGGCGGCGUGCAGGGGAGGUCUGGAGGAUGGAGGGCAGAAGCCUGGCUCUGGCAGGUCAGUGACACACGCGGGUGGAAGGGCGGUGAUUGCUAGCAAGAAGCGAGCCAGGUGUGGGGGAGAACACGACGUCCCUGGCAAUCUGGACAGUUCUGGUGUUGUGGGUACGGCUCCGCUCUCCGCCCCCCGCUGCCCUUCUAAUCAAUCUUGCCACAGAGACUGCGCUUCGAACCGAACCCCGUUCUCUCGGUCUAUUUCUGUUUUGUGUGGUUUCUCCCCGAAUCUCGAGAGCAGAUGCUAAGUCUCUGAGGAAGAACAAGCGUGACUUGAGCGUCCUCUCCCUUCUAUGAUUGAGUUGCGCCCCCUUCCUUGUACUUAAAUCGAGGACACCCUGCUGACACGAGAAGCGCUUCCCUCCUUCAGCCCUUACAGCAAAGCAUCUGGAGAGAGAAGACGAUCGUCGCCUUUUAAAAGAAGGGCUGGAGGUAGUCAUUGCCUAAAAGAACAUGACACCGACCGAUUCCUUUCGCCCCACUCUUGCCUCUGGUCAAGCAGGGGAUGGGAUCGUAGCUCAGUCAGUGGUGGAGCGUCUGCUUUGCCUUGCCUGCAGAAAAGGUCCCAGGCUCAAGCCAUCCCUGGCAACUCCAGGUAGGGCUGGGAAAGGCUCCUUCCUGGAACCCUGGAAAGCAGUUGCUGGUCAAUACUGAGCUACAUGGACCAAUGGCCUGGCUCAGUGUAAGCUUCCGUCCACUACAGCUCCCUAUGUUUAGCAGGCUUCUGAAGAAGGACUAUACAGAGUUCACAACCUGUUUGACUAGAGCCCAUAGCAAGAAGAGGGUGCACUGCCCAUAAUGGGUACACACCAGGCUUCUAUCAUGUCUCUGGAAUCUCUGUCAUGACUUACAUGUCUCUGGAAUAGUUAGUGUCUUGCCUUCUGCAGAAGGUGAACAAUGGGCGGUUGUCUUGUCUCGAUUCUGUCUUGACGAGGAGCUGUCCAACCUUGUGCGUGCUUCAGCAGAGGUAAAACCCAGUAUCUGACUCCCAAGUCAGUCUGCCUAGGACUGCAGUCUUGGCACACUUUAAACAAAAUUACCUUCUUUUUAUAUGCUUCUUUUUUUUUUAGUCAGUCCCGUACUGAUGCCACAUAAAUAUGGCAUCGUAUUAGCAAUUACUCGGAAUUACUCGGACGCGGCUGGCCCUUUGUGCAGACCACACUGGGAUCCUUUUGAAUGAUGAAAGUAAGGAAACGGAGAGAGGGCUUCUCUUUUCCUGGAGCUGCUUUCCAGGCUCUUUUGUGAGACAGUCUCCCAUUCCCAACCAAAUCAGUGGGAUUGUUCUCAUUCCUAUAUAGUGUAUUUAAGACUGAAAUGUUAGGCUAGCCAGUUAUGAUUAGAGUUGCACUCUUGUGCACACUCAUUAAGGAGCAAGCCUUACUGAAUUUAGUGGAUAGGCUGUGAAAGCCUAUGAGUGUCUACUGCCUGCACUUAUUGCAGCAUGCUAAUAUUUAAUAACAUGCCAUCAGUCAAUUAGUCCUCCUUUUCAAGUGUAAUGGUUGGGAACUGUUGAUGGAAUGUGCGGCUUCAGAAAUAUUUCCUGUACCCUGUGACUGGAUAUUACUGACAAUAUACCUUUCAGUGUUACAUGCUGUGUGCCAUUUCGUACUGAUAAUGAGCAUUUGAUAGAGCAGCAAUGCUCUUAACAGGCUAAGAGGCAGUUCACACAUAGCAUGUUAAUCACCCCUUGACUGGAACAUCCAAGGAUGACUUACACAUGGGAAUACACCAUCCCAGCUCAACCACAUCAGAUCAAACUGGUAUGUCGCAUGUACUAUCCUUUUUAGUGGAGGGCAGCAGCCAUUACGCAACCAGGUUCCAGGUUUAGUAAUCAGGUGUUGAGGGGCUGACCAUAGGGGUUUUGGUGCCCUCGGCCAAGUAUGACUUUGGUGCCUUCCUGUGUUCUGUUAAAAUUUUAACUGAAUGGUGGGGAGGAGCCGAAGACAUACUUGGUAGCUGGUGCUGGUUGGGAGAGGAGAUGAUGCCAUUAAGAAUCCAUAAGCUGCCCCAUUACUGCCAUCCUGUCCUGCUACCCAGCUUCGUGUGGAAUCUGUCCCUGCUGCUUAGCUGUCUGGUGCAUGGGUGCAGUGGCAAUUUGAGGGGUCAGCCCAGCAAAGAUUUUUACUGGGCUGGCCCCUCAAAUGACUGCCACACAUGCACAGUGGCAGGGUGGGGCAUUUGGUGGGGGUGGACUGUACAUGGAGCAAGGCAGCGGCAGGAUAUUUUAUGAAUUUUCAAAGGUGUCAUCUGCUUCCUCACUAUCACAGCAGCUAUGAACUGCAGGGGGUGGUGUUGCCCACACCUGUGCCCCCCCCCAGAUUUGGUGCCUGAGGUGACCACCAGGUCCAUCUAGUGCAUGGGCUGGCCCUGAAGUGACGUUCAUGUGUGUGUGAACUGACCCUAACUUAACUUGUAAUGUUCCAAUGACCUACUUGCACUAGUUUCUACGCAAUGCUUUUCAGUAUCUCAUUCCUCCCCAUUCCAAGAUCAAAUAAUGAAAAACUUGGGCAAUCAGUAGCAUCAACUUUGCAUCGAGAGCCCCCACUCAGUUGUGUGAUGUCUGUUUUCUUUUAUGUAUCUAUAUGACAGGGACAGUCAGAGGGCCGAGUAGGAAACCAUAGUGACCAUCACACCACAGGCUGCCAAACAACAUGUCUCCUACAGGUUCUGGAGUGAAAGGAUAAUACUGGCUACUUUCUCAUGGAACGAUUGUGCUGUUGAGCUGGUAUUAACUCCUGGUGACCGCAGAGCCCUGUGGUUUUCUUGGUAGAAUACAGGAGAGGUUUACCCUUGCCUUCUCCUGUGCAUUAUGAGAUGAUGCCUUUCAGCACUUUCCUAUAUCUCUGCUGCCCAAUAUAGGAGUUUCCCAUAUUCUGGGAAACACACCAGUGGGGAUUCGAACCAACAGCCUCCUGCUUUCUAGGCAGGUUGCUUCCCCGCUGCGCCAUUAGGUGGCUUCUACUUUCUGAUGAGUACGAGAGAAAUGACAGUGGCUUUUAGGGUUACAACAGUCCUAGUCAGGCCAAGACGACACAUUUGUGCAUGGUAUGGGGGACAGGAUUCUCGACUUACACUUUAAACUGGCGGCAUCUACAGAUUGAACAAAAUGUUUAUUUUUCAGACCACCUGUAGAUGCAAAUCACAUCUUUGCAAAAAGCACUCGGAGGCAGGGGUGGGAGGUGUGAGCAAUGGCUCACCAAUAGGCACUCCCCACAAAUCCUGCAAUCCUGAUGCUAUUGACCAAAGUCAGGUGUUUCCACGUCCUAGAGAAAACUGGUGCACUGAUCUGCAACUGUAUUGCACCUGAGAAAUAACACCACCUCAUGUUUACAUAGCACUUUGCCUAAAUGCUCUAGCACAGCACCCACAUUAUUCCAGUAAUGCUUACAACAACAGCCGUGUAACACAGGCCUGUAUUAGUGUCUCCUGAUCACAUAUGGGGACUGAGACUGCAGAGCUGCUUGCCUGAGGCCACCUAAUGAGUCCGUGGCUAAGGCGAGAUUGGAAGGGUAUGUUCCAACUCAUCUCAUGUGCUUAACAAAUAUGCUUUGCCAGCUUUUUGGCUCAGGUUCUAUCUUCUCCCAUACGUUUUCUCAUUAACACUCAUAGGGUGGAAAGUGUUGUAUUCUUAAUUUUUAAUUUAAUUUUCAUAGGGGGCAAUUUGCUAUUAAUUACUUGUGUGUAAGUAACAUUGACUUCACUUGGAUUUAUGCAUGACUAACUGUGAGCUGCAUUCCAGCCUUCAGUGGUUCUUUUCGUUGGCAGUAUUUUUGAUGCAGUGAUGAUAAAAGGCUGUAUAGUGACCAUAAAAGCUGAUAUUCGCUGCCCCUUACAGUAUUAAUCGUGUGACAUUGAAAUGCAUCCACGUUUAUCGCUCAUUAAUAAAGAAAAUAGCUGCUUUGCGUGGA